CAUGCGUUUCCUACUUGUCUGCUACUAUAUAUUCAGUUUGCUCAGCUCAGCUGGUAAGAGGAUCUGAGACAUCCGCUCUCCCCACAAGACACUGCCCGGGUGGAGCAAGAUGGAUUAUGUCAUGUCAACCACAGUGGAUUACAUCGAUUACGCUCUGUCGGUGCCCUGCCAUAAAACCGACGUGAGAGCCAUCGCAGCCAAGCUCCUGCCUCCGCUGUACACGCUGGUGUUCAUCUCUGGUUUUGUGGGCAACCUGCUGGUCGUCCUCACCCUGAUAAACUGCAAGAAGCUGAAGAGCAUGACUGACAUCUACCUGCUCAACCUCGCCAUCUCCGACCUGCUCUUCCUCCUCACCAUCCCGUUCUGGGCUUACUACGCUGCGGACCAGUGGGUCUUUGGGAACGGAGCGUGUCAGCUUUUGACAGGGUUCUAUUUAAUCGGCUUCUUCUCUGGAAUCUUCUUCAUCAUCCUCUUGACAAUCGACAGGUACCUGGCGAUCGUCCAUGCUGUGUUUGCUAUAAAAGCCAGGACGGUCACGUUUGGGGUGGUGACAAGCGGGAUCACGUGGGUGGUCGCUGUGCUGGCCUCUCUCCCAGGAAUCAUCUUCACCAAAUCCCAAAAAGAGGGUUCUCGUCUGACGUGCAGCCCUCAUUACCCAACCAAUAAUUAUCAUUUCUGGAAGAGUUUCCAGACCUUAAAGAUGGUCAUCUUGGGCCUGGUCCUGCCUCUGCUCGUCAUGGUCAUCUGCUACUCAGGGAUCCUGAAGACCCUGCUCCGGUGUCGGAACGAGAAGAAGAGGCACAAGGCGAUGAGGCUCAUCUUCGUGAUCAUGAUCGGUUACUUCCUUUUCUGGACCCCCUACAACAUCACCAUGCUUCUGAACACCUUCCAGAACGCCUUUGGCCUGAACAACUGCAGUAGCUCCAAUAGGCUGGACCAAGCCAUGCAGGUGACGGAGACCCUGGGGAUGACACACUGCUGCAUCAACCCCAUCAUCUACGCCUUCGUCGGCGAGAAGUUCAGAAACCACCUGGCAUUCUUGUUCCGAAAGCACAUCGCCAGACGCCUCUGCAAACGCUGUCUGAUCCUCCAGCGAGAGGCUCCCGAGCGCGGAAGCUCCGUCUACACCCGAUCCACGGGGGAGCAGGAACUCUCUACUGGCCUGUGACCCGAACUUGGCUUUUAGACACACACUGGGGGGCAGGAGCAGUUAUUUUAAAAAGGAAGUUGCUAUCACGGUGGGUCCGAGAUCAGUCCAUCUAUCUGGAAUCUGCUGGGAGGGUGGUAAAUACUUUGGGCCCAUGGAUUCCAGAAUCCUGAAUCAAAACAUGUGGGGGAAACAGCCACCUGGCCAUCUCCCCUCCACGUACUUCCACCGUUGGCGGACUGUCCCUUCACUGUGAAAGUUCAUUAGGAAACCAAAAUCCCCAGGGAAUUGCUGAUUCUUGAGUUCGGUUACCCAGCCAGGAACGACUGACAGAAUCAAGAAACGUGUUGUAUCAUUUCUUUCUGCACAGGCCAACGCACAGGUGGCAAAUGUGUUUAAAACGGGUCCUUGUCUUGCCGUGGGGAGAAGAGACAUGAACAGGAUCUGUCGUGAGAGGCCGUCUCCCUCCUGUGAUUUCCUCCAAGGUGGGUUACCAGUUCCACAGCUGCUCAGCGCCAGGUGGAGCCCUGUGGCCAGCUGAGCGCCGGCAGAGCUUCUUCGGUGAGGGGGGGAUGGCUGGGGCAUCGGCUGUCAGCGGAAGAGAGGAAAGCAGAGCUCCAGACUGCAGGCAGCAAAGACACAGUGGGGUACGGUGCAGGCUGGGUUAUGAGGAACCCAGGCAGCACUGCUCCCCCAGGUCUGAGAGCAGAGAUGGGGCCCUGGCGGUGUGGCAGGAGGCUCACUCCAUGCCCUGAGGAUGACCUGGAAAGGUGCACAUGUGGGGCAGGGAGCCCAGCAACAAGCAGGUCUGGGUGAGGGGCCUCCGCGUGGGUCGAGGCAGCUGGGGGGGUGCUCACUCACAGUGUUUGAGAUUAGAGUCAGCAGAACUGGGCCCACUUGGGUGGGUGGCGAGGGGCACAGAGGAGUCGGAGAGACCCUGGGCUUCAAACUUGCAGAUUGGAGAUGCCCUAAAAGAGACUACAAGCAUGGAAGGGAGGGGAGGUUCAGGUGGAAAUCGGGAGGGUAGGUGAAGAGGUUGGGUCGCUUUUGUGAGCUCACAGGCAGCCCUUCACGAUGGGCUCAUUCUCAGAAAUGCCUUCCCCCCACCCGAGUUCGAUCACGAGGCAUCUCCCGGAGGCUUUGAGACAACACGCGUUUGGGAAUGCACGGGCCUAGGGUCCAGGAACACUUCCGGGUCGGGUAGCACAUAGUUCAUGAAAACCCAGCACUUUGCAGGCAUGAGCCCAGAAGUGAGGGAAGCCCAGAUGGCCUGGUGUCUGCCUGCCACACACUCAUCACUGUUUAAGUAUCGCCGUCCAGACAGAAUUAUAUCAACAGGCAGAAGGGAGAAGAGACACACUCAUCGGGAAACAAGCUGUCUCCAGCUUCAGAAACCACCAAAGCACAGCUUGCCAACCUCUGUGUUCUGGGCCGAGCGUGGGGCCUUCAGACACCCCUUCCAGUGCCCCCUCCAGACAAACGAUCCCCAAACACUAAGGGAGCCGUGCGGUUCCGAGGGAGAGUGGUGGGCUUUGUUUCAUUCUGCAGUCGCCACUUUUCUUAUCUUGCACAUGAGAAUGUUUUGAAACUGGGACAGCCGAAACCAUGGCAACAAACCUGAGGUGAAGAAGCACGAAGGAGUGAGAAUGAGAUCAAGGUGUCAGAAUAACAGGAGGUGUUACUGGGCUUUCUCAGACCCUGAAACCUGAACCUUGAGGGUUGUGGUUGUCAACUGCAAGUGACUGGGAGCGCCUGUCCCUCUGGUCUAGAGACUGUUGGGAGGGCCUCCCAGCACCGGACCCAGCCUCCGGGUGGGUUUGGGCUUCUGAUCUUUGUCUGUGUGUACAUAUGUAUAUGAUAUUCUUAUGUAUGUAGAAGUUACAAAUUGCUUGGAAGAAAAUAUGCGUCUAAUAAAACCACACUCUAAACUAA